GGGUCACAGAAUGGCUAAGGCAGCUUUAAGUGCAGGGUGGAUUUUUUUUUCUCAGUUUGCCUUCUGUUUUCCACUCUGAAAGAAUGUUGUGGCCGCUCUUCCUUCUGGUGACGGCUAUUCAUGCUGAACUCUGUCAACCAGAUGCAGAAAAUGCUUUUAAAGUGAGACUUAGUAUCAAGACUGCUCUUGGAGACAAAGCAUAUGCCUGGGAUAUAAAUGAAGAAUAUCUCUUCAGAGCGAUGGUAGCUUUCUCCAUGAGAAAGGUUCCCAAAAGAGAAACAACAGAAAUUGCUCAUGUCUUACUUUGCAAUGUAACCCAGAGGGUGUCAUUUUGGUUUGUGGUUACAGACCCUUCAAAAAAUCACACCCUUCCUGCUGCUGAGAUCCAGUCAGCCAUAAGAAUGAAUAGGAACCGGAUCAACAAUGCCUUCUCUUUGAGUGACCAAACUCUGGAAUUUUUAAAAAUUCCUUCCACACUUGCACCACCCGUGGACCCAUCUGUACCCAUUUGGAUUAUUAUAUUUGGUGUGAUAUUUUGCAUCAUCAUAGUUGCAACUACACUACUGAUUUUAUCAGGGAUCUGGCAAAGUAGAAGGAAGAACAUGGAACCAUCUGAAAUGGUUGACGCUGAAGAUAAACGUGAAAACAUGAUCACAGUUGAAAACGGCAUCCCCUGCGACUCUUUGGACGCGAAGGGAGGGCACAUUAACGAUGCCUUCAUGACAGAGGAUGAGCGGCUCACCCCUCUCUGAAGGGCUAUUGUUCUGCUUCCCUGAUAAAUUCAACACUUGUUUCUGCGCUACUGCUGAGCAUUCCCAGAUACCAAGGGGAGAUCAUAUAUAUUGUUUCACCAUCCUUUUUUGUAAUAAAUCUUGAAUGUGCUU